AUGAAAUUUCUGGAGCUAAUAGAUUUAGAUUUACUGAGUAAUAGCCUUUCAUUCACCUCCAAUGAAUGUAAAGUGCGUACAAGAAUUGAAGCGUACAGCUGCAAACAAGUAAAGAGUGAUAAGAAGCUGUACAAGUUACUGGAAAAUACGUACGUCAAUGACCCUCCACCACUUACCCAAUUCGGUAAUAUGGAUGUCCCCUCAACGCGUAAAACUCUCUAUUUGCUCAUUUCAACGCUUAAUCAAGCAUUCCCUGAUCAUGACUUCACUCAACUUCGUCCAGAUGAGUUUGUUAAGGAGCCUUCUAGCAGUCUGGUCGUUAAUAGACUGAGUAAUAUGCUCGUUAGGAUGAAAGAUGGCAAUUCACGCUCAUACGGUUACUAUCCGUCUUCUACUCCCACUGCUGCUCUAGGUUCAAGUGCAGAUAGCUUCCAUUCUAAUCACUCCAUGUCUGAUCACGAUAACGACUACUCUGAUCAUCAUCAAUCUCACCUCAUUGCUCAGAAUACCGUGCGUAGGGUUCAAUCAGGUGGUAGCGUAACAAUGCAAGGUUUCAAGGCUAUUUUAGAUGAUGUCAUCCAAAUCAAAGACUGUGACGUUUUCUCGUACUCGCCCGACGCCAGUUCAGACCCCCACUCGACGUUCGACGACUACGACGAUGACGACAUGUCUUCUAUCGGCGGAAAUGAGGACACGCACUUCGAUUUAGAUAUGGAAGAAAUCGAUAGCAAUCACGGAAACAGUCUGUCCUCAAUACCUCCAUACCUUCUUGAUCAAGAUAAAAGGGAGCCAUCUCCAUCACUCUCUGUGAAGAGCACCGGUCAAUCAACAGUUGGUGAUUCGGGAUCCGGCUUGUUGUGGUCCACGCAUUAUUUUUUCUACAAUAAGAAACUCAAGAGGAUGGUGUUUCUGACGAUAUGGAGUAGGAAGUCGGGUAUAUAUUCACAGGGACCGCAUCACCUCCCAAUCAGUGACGCUAACCCAUUCUGGCUGUCCAACUCACUGCCUCCGCCUGUUAAGCUGGAGGAUGAGUACGACGACUUAAUGUUGUCAUCUUCUGCACCUUCCAAGCCAACGAGAAGAUCGACGAGGACGACAACGCGCAAGACAAAGGCCAGUGCUGGUGGAGCGGGUGGAAGCAAGCCAGUACAGGUACCAAAGAAUAAGAGAAGGGCUGCGAAUGCCGGGGUGAGCAAGUCGACCAAGCUGUUAUCGAAUGCGAAGAAGAGUAGAAAGUAG